AUGGAGCAGCAACGGCUGCGCUACGGCGUCAGCGACCAAGCGCAGAAUACUGGACCUUACCAGCACCUUUGUAUUCUCGACGAAGACGUGUUCGAGCUCAUCCUCAGUUUCCUCAGUAACCAGACACUCGCCAAAUUGCACGCCGUCACUGGCGACUGCUACUCGACUUGUGAGCCUCACCUGGCUCAGCUCUGCUGCAAAUGUGGAAAUGACAAUCCAAAACUUCUCCACAACAUUUGUCGAGAGUGUGAGUCGAAGUCGAGCAAUUACUUGCCAUUUGCCGAUAAAGACAUGGCCACGAGUGUUUACGGCUUGAAAAUGCGUGAGCUGGUGGACAUUCCACAAUGCACAAGCGCUGGACUUGAUGGCGAAACGCUGUACAGACGUGUGGAUCUGGAGACCUAUUUGGAGACUAAAUUCGGGUCGAAGUUGGGGUGGCUUCGGGAAAUCGCGCGGCGUGAUAUGGUGGAGAGGAAGAUUCAAGAGAUGGAGCAACAGGAGCGAGCGGAACGAGACGCUUUUAUGGAGUCUUUGGCCCCCAAUUUUCCCAUCUACGCUCAACUAAUCGACUUAGAGGAGGAGAUCAACAAGAGUCGAUUAGAACAAUGUAGCAGACGUUUUGUUGCCCUGACGACGGCUUUGAACUCGCGUGGGCUUCAAUUGCGACCUGGGUUUAAACACUGUGAGCGGUUCAUCACCACUGGAGAGGGCGACAUUUCGGAUGUGGUGGAUACUACAGAAGAAAUGCGCUUUGUGAACGCGUACACUAAUUAUCAGUGGAAGAUGAAAAGUGGGCAGCAAGGCAACGAAGUGAUCGAUGAGAAAGUGAAAAUGGACUUGAGCAUCUCGUACUUAGAGAACCACAGGGGACUCGAGCUUCCGCGUAAGUGGGAGAAUUGCCGCUCGCGCUUUGACGAAGCUCGACGCACUGGAGACAUCCCAGGGCGCUACAUUUACAGCGAGUAA